AUGGGGUUGCUUGGCGGCAUCUCUUCUGGAGGAACCAUAGCUCUUGGAAUUAUCGUUGGACUAUUGUCAACAAGUGUCCAAAGUCUAGGUCUUACCUUACAACGAAAGUCGCAUAUACUCGAAGAUGAAAAGGGCCCUCACGAUGUUCGACGACCACCUUACCGAAGGAGGAGAUGGCAGAUUGGCAUGGGAAUGUUCAUCGUUGCGAACCUUUUAGGAAGUAGUAUUCAGAUUUCGACGCUUCCACUACCCGUUCUUUCGACUUUGCAGGCUGCUGGCCUUGUCUUCAACUCGAUAUGCGCAUCAUUAAUCUUAAGCGAACCUUUCACAAAAUGGUCUUUCUCCGGCACCCUUCUUGUCACAACAGGCGCUGUCUUGAUCGCGAUCUUUGGGGCCAUACCUUCUCCGGCGCACGACUUGAAGGAGCUGCUGGCGCUCAUGGCGAGAAGGCCAUACAUCAUUUGGAUGAUCCUUCAAGCGCUUUUCGUUCUCACGCUGGCAAUUUCCAUUGAUCUCAUAAACAGCAUGUCGAGCCUAUCUCACGAUGCCCGAUUCCGACUAGCCCGAGGCAUUACAUACGGUGUUAUUAGCGGAGAUCUCUCUGCUCAUGCUCUUCUGUUCGCCAAGUCCUCCGUGGAGCUUGUCAUCAAGACCGUUGCAGGACGUAACCAGUUCGUGCACUGGGAAUCUUGGGCAAUCGUAAUGGCGCUUGUCACUUUGGCGCUCUGCCAGCUCUAUUACUUACAUCGGGGUCUGAAGCUGGUUUCAACAUCCGUUCUUUAUCCUUUGGUUUUCUGUGUUUACAAUAUCAUUGCCAUUUUAGAUGGCUUGAUAUACUUUAACCAGACAAGCUUAAUAUCACCUCUCAGGGCAUGCCUUAUCGCUUUGGGAACAGUUAUUUUGCUUUCGGGCGUGUUGGCGUUGUCAUGGCGAUUAAGCGACGAGCAACACACUCCUGGCGUUGGCCAAUCAUCUCUUGCGCCUGGCCUUGGACUUGUGGAAGAUACUGAAGAGGAGGAAUCUCUUCUCGGCUCAGAUAAUGCCGUUGCCGAAGAAGAUUCGAUUCCGCACACAUAUCAAACGUUCCCGCCCACGGCUGAAACACCAUUGGUUCCUUCUCACAAGAGAACCCCACGGUGGGCUGAGCGAGCAGAGAUCUGGGGCGAGUUAGAGGAUAGGGAUGAGCCUACCACCCCGGGUAGCAGGCGGCGGUCUAGCACACUCCCCCGUCAUACAGAGUCAUCGCCCUUGUUGCCGACAAAGAGAUCCCUCCCAAGUGGCCCGGGCGGAGAAGAGUCGGGUCCCAGUACCGAAUCGACCCCUCGAAGACUGACCCGAAGACGGCGGAAGAGCACAGGUUUCCCUGGCCUCGUUGCUCGUAAGCAUCGGAGAAAUAGAAGCUCCACGGAGACAGGCACGCUCAACAACAUUCUCUCGCUCAGCUGGUUUAGAAACACAAGUCGACAACCGUCGCAAGCUAGCACCAGCGACGGCUUCCCUUGGGGCACAACAUCACAACCGGGGGGUUCUGAAGCAAGAGGCGAUGCAGCUGUAUGA